AUCAAAUAGUGAUCCGAUCAUAUUAUAUAUUCCACUAACGAGUUAGUUUUUUUAACAAACACGUAACGAGACGAAAAAGAAAGAGAUAUGGCAGAUUCAAAGAUCCUUAAAACGACAUCAUCGUAUCUCGAAGAGAUAGCAAAAGGCAACGGCAAAAGCGAGUUUGAGGCUUUAAUCCUACAAGGCUUAGAACUCAUUCAUGUCGGGAAAGGAGUCUUACGAUGUAAACUACUCGUCACAGAUCGUGUCGCGGGAGAAGACGGAGCUUGGCACGCCGGAGUGAUUACGGCGGUGAUGGAUACGAUCGGAGCUUCUGCUGUGUACUCCACCGGCGACGGACUCCAUUCCUCUGUUGAUCUCAACUGCUCGUUUUAUUCAACGGCCAAGAUUCAAGAAACGGUAGAGAUAGAAGCAAGAGUGAAUGGAAGCAAUGGAGGAUUGAAAUCAGCUGUGAUUGAGAUCAGAAGAGAAACAAGUGGAGAACUCAUAGCCACAGCAAGGUUGUGGAUGUCCCCUCUUAGCGUCAAAGUCAGACGCAAUGUUUCUACUCUUAGUAAGCUUUGAACCAUUUUUUUUUCUCAAGUUACCAU